CUACCUGGCCGUUGCCAGGUAACCAUGGGGAGGAGCAUACCUGGAUGCUGCCAGCUAUCUGUGGGGGUGGAGUUUCUACAGAAUGCUAACACUGUCAGAUCAGAACUUAGUUGGUGUUAUUGAGAGGACUGUUUUAAUUAUAAAAAUGUAUUUCGCACCUCAGGAUUGCUUAAGAGAGUAGGCUAUGUGACCUUUUUACCAAGAGCAUCAUUGUACCUAGGACACAAGGCUAAGAGGACUGCCCUUCUCAGGUGGGCAGCCUUGGGCAAGCUACACCUGCAUCCUAACCUCAUCUUUAAAGGGAAUUGCGGUUUGAAGAGGAGGAAAUGUGAGGGUUUUGUUUUGUUUUUUUAAUACUCUGAACUACCAUUAACUCGUUUAAUAUGAGCUUUCACCGAUGAGUAGCGUUCCCGUGUUCCUGAUGCCCACACUGCCGGCACAGAAAGGUGAUAUUGCUUCCUAAAAAGUCACAGCUAAUUGGAAAUUAAUCCCCAGGCAGUAUAGCUGCACUAAAGUAACUCACUUCUGCCCUCUGCAUUGUUGCCUAGCCUGAUUUGUUAAUUUGAUAUUAUUGCUUUGUGCAUCAUAUUCUUUGCUCUGUACAGGAAAUAACAGUAUUCAGUCUCUUCUCUCCCUGCAUACACAGUCACUAUGGGCUGGUCAGGGUUCUUGCUAAAGUCAUUUCUGAAGUGAGAAAGGUGUGGGCCUUAUUGUUUUGUAAAGUCUGUAACUCUCAAGUUCUCAGAUGGUCUGUGAUCCCAACAUCAAUAUGAAGGGUUUGACCAGGAUUACUAGCGCCUACCAUCCUGAUGGCAGCUUGAGCUUAGAAAACAACAAAAACCACCAGUUGAAUAAAUGGACAAUUGAUAAAUACUACUAUAAAGUAUCAAAAGAAUACACUGGAAGAUUCUUGCCCCUCUCUUUCCCAGAGUCAGUGAUGCCAGCCCAUGAAGGGCAGGGAGACAAUUCACUAGAACAUGGUGGUGCAAAGUGGGUAGUGUGGGAUAUUGAAGCAGAAACCUGACCAGUCACAGCCAUCCCAGGUAGAGCAUUGCAGCCCAUGGUGCCAUAAAGGCCCUUAAAGGGAUAUGGGGCUUCAUCUAUUCUGAAACAUCACAGGCAUUUCCCUAAGAAAGUGACACUUAUUGCUGGGAGUUGUUUGACAAAAGUACAGUCUUUGGAGGGCCUGUAGUGGGGGCAGUUAGAGCCCCCGGGACAGAGGGGGGACUGUGGUUUGUGAGGAAGGAAGAUGGGGAUUCAGGUGGCAGCAAAAUUCAAAGUGUCUCUCCUACAAAUUUUUGUAUGUCUGUCCUAAAGUGCCAGUUAGGCCUAUGGCAGAGAGGUGACAGAAUCACAUUUUAGAAGCUACAGAAAAGUCCUGAGUGGCCUGACUGAAGCCCUGGACAAGGACAAAAUCUCUUAGGGGAGACUGUAAGGCACGAUGUGGACAUUCUCAUCCUUAAGAUGUGGAAAUUAGCCAGAGCUCACAGCAUGUCGUGGAGGUUGCUGACAGGAUACCAACUCUGCAGACUGUGUCUUUUCGGAAAGCCACAACCAGCUCUGAAAAUCAAACCCUCUUCAGCAUGUGUCACCUACAGAACGGACAGCCAGUCAAAUAAAGAAAACAAGAGAACAGUGGAAAAGCUCUGUGCAUGUUCAGUUGACAUUAGGAAAAUCCGCAGGCUGAAAGGAUGGGUGCUUCUGGAGGAAGAAACCUACGUUGAAGAGAUUGCAAAUAUUUUGAAAGAACUAGGUGCCAACAAAACUGUGCUAGCCAGUAUUUUAGAACGCUGUCCGGAAGCGAUUGUCUGCAGUCCUGCUGCUGUUAACACCAAAAGGAAACUCUGGCAGAUGGUCUGCAAAAAUGAGGCAGAGUUAAUCCAGUUAAUAGAGCAGUUUCCAGACUCUUUCUUUACUGUCAAGGACCAGGAGAACCAGAAGCUAAAUGUUCAGUUCUUUCAAGAGCUGGGGCUCAAGAAUGUGGUGAUUAGCAGGUUUCUGACAACAGCCUCUAGCAUUUUCCAUAAUCCUGUAGAGAACAAUAAACAAAUGAUAGGGGUUCUCCAGGAGAGCUACCUAAACUUAGGUGGCUCUGAGGCCAAUGCUAAAGUGUGGCUACUAAAAUUAUUAAGCCAAAAUCCAUUCAUUGUGCUAAAUUCUCCUACAACUGUAGAUGAAAUACUGAAAUUUCUUCAAGGACAAGGCUUCACAGACUCCGAAAUUCUUCAGCUUCUGUCCAAACUUAAAGGGUUUCUUUUUCAACUUCAGCCAGGAAGUAUCAAGAACAGUAUUUCCUUCACUAAAACUACUUUUCAGUGUACAGAUCAUGACCUACGACUAUUAGUUGUGAAAUGCCCCGCCCUUCUGUAUUAUCCUGCUUCUGUCCUAGAAGAGAGAAUCCAGGCACUGCUAAAAGAAGGCAUCUCCAUAGCUCAAAUAAGAGAGUCGCCAAUGGUUCUGGAAUUGACACCACAGAUAAUUCAAUAUAGGAUAAGAAAGCUCAAUUCUUUAGGCUACAGAAUAAAGGAUGGACAUCUAGCGAGUCUAAAUGGAACAAAAAAGGAGUUUGAGGCUAACUUUAGCAAAAUGCAAGCCAAACAAGGCAGGCCAUUAUUUAACCCUGUGGCAUCAUUAAAGGUUGAAGAAUGACAGGGCUAAGUGACAAUUCACAAAGACUUAAGCAAUUCAGCACGAAUGAUUCUCAGGACCUAUUGAGAUUCUGAGUUGUGUUCAAGUUACUUCAUUAUUGUUGGUUUCUGAUUCAUUUGUUGUAUUUUAAAAUAUAAAUUGUGUUUAAAUAAAACCAGUAAGUUUGAUCUU